CUGCAUGUUUUCGCAACAAAAACAAACAACGCAGCGACAGUUUUUCGUAAAAGUUCGCAAAACAGUGUCGUUUUUUUAUCAAUUUUGUGCUAAAAAGUGCUCCUGAACCAGCAGAAAAUGUCCUCGGCCGCCGAUCAAUCCGAGGCGGAAAGUGUGGUCGUCGAAGAGCUCGACGAAAUGCAGUUGGACCCGCAGGAGCUGUCCCAGUUUGUCGAAGCCGAUUCCAUUCCGCUGCCGAAUGAACCGGGCGCAUCGAUAAUCGUUCCGCCUCGUCAGCGUCGUCGGACGCGUCGACCCACCGUCGCAUCGACUUCGUCGGCCCCGUCCGAGUCGGAAACGGACGACGAGAACAAUCCGCAGCAGAAUGAGAUUCUGAUCAAGAAGUUCGUCGCUGGUGAGAUUAGUUAUGCGGAGUACCAAGCGCGGAUGCAACCGGCCGGAGGGGAAAUGGACCUGGAGGAGGAAGAAUUGGCUGAGAGGCGGAAAUCGAGCAAGAAAUCGUCCAGAUUUGAAAAGGAUUUGCGGGUGCAGAGGAAGGACGCGUUGAGGGGAAACUUGCAGGGACCGGUACAGGUGAAGGUGGAAGGAAAGGUGUCCAUGAAGCGGCAUAGGAGAUUUUUGCCACCGGCGCUGCAGGGCCUGAUGGGCCAGGCCAAUCUUUGCUACGCCCGUGGGGAUACCGAGAUGGCCAAGAAGCUGUGCCUGGAGAUAGUCCGGCAGAUGCCGUUGGCACAUGAGCCGUUUGUAACACUGGCGCAGAUUUAUGAGACGGAAGAUCCGGAGAAGUUCCUACAGUUUUCGUUGAUUGCGGCCCAUUUGAAUCCCUCGGAUAUAGAGCAGUGGGUUCGGAUUGCGGAAAUUUCCGAAGAGCGUGGGAAUUUGAGUCAAGCGUUGAUGUGCUACGCUCGCGCCAUCAAAUCCGAUCCGAAGAACUUCGAUUUGCGGAUGAAGCGAGUUCAGCUGCUGGAGAAGAAGGGCGAGGAGAAGCAAGCGUUCAAAUGCUACUUUGCCAUGUUGCCGUAUAUCCCGAAGGAGCGCGGGGAGUUUCUGGUGCAAACGGCCAAACGACUGGCGAAGAAAUUCCACGAGGAGAGCAAUUUGCCCGCCGCCAUGGACGCUAUGGAUCGCGCUUACGGAACCGUCCCGGAGCUGUUCAGCGUAGAGGACAUCAACCUGUUCCUGGAAUUGCUGAUCGCCACCGGAUUCUACCGGAAAGCAUUGGACGUCCUCAUGGCGCACACCAACGUGGAAGUUCACGAGAUGGUUCACGAAGGAGAAGACCCCAACGAUCCGAACGCCCAGCGAGGAAUCUACACGGUGGUCAUCCCGACAGACAUGGUACUUGACUUCCGGACCAAGCUGGCUGUGGUGCUGGUGCAUCUCAAAUGCGAUCACCUCUUCGACAUGAUCGUUCAGAACAUCCUGACAAACAUCAACGUGGAAGAGGCCGGCGAUUGCUAUCUGGACGUGGCGGAAUCGCUGAUGAAGGAACUGCACUACCAUUAUGCGCUGAAGCUGUUGGUUCCGUUGAUCAAUAGUGAAAAUUUCUCGCUGGCAGCCGUCUGGUUGCGUUACGCCGACUGUUUGCGUGCGAUCGGAGACUACAACGAGGCUAUCGUGGCUUAUAAGAAGGUCGUUUCUCUCGCCCAACAUUUGGACGCCCGCUUGACUCUGUCAGCGCUGCUCAAACAGCAAGGCAAAUACGAUGAAGCGCUGGAGGCCCUUGAGCAAGAUCCGGAAAGGGAAAUCAUGGACGCCGAGCUAUUGUACGAGCGGUGCCUAAUGCUAAAGGAAGUUGGCAGGUACGACGAGUUUUUGGCCGCCGGGUUUAUGCUUCUGAUGCGCCAUUGCAUACCGCUGCGGAGUCGACUUGAGCUGGGGGCAGCUAUUUCAGUCCCACGGUACAUUGAAAUGCUGAAAACCAUUGCCGAUAUUAAAGUAUCCCGGCAAGACACGACAGAGGAACACCGGCCUGAAUUUUCCCGCUCGGAAAAUGAACCUUCGGUGGAGAUGGAGUGGGAGCUGGUUUUGGUUCUUCUUCAAGUGGCGGACUACAUGAAGAACUACGCCUACUUCCAGAAACUGGUGUUCACUCUGUUCACAGCCAAACGAUUCCAAAUAUUCAAACAGGAACUGCAGAUGUUGGCCCUGCUCGGAUGUCUGUACAAUCGCGAUCCGAUGUAUGCCUACAACCUAAUCCGAGAACGGGUCAACAAGGAGGUGAACCUAAACAAGCCCAAGCUUUGGAAUCUGUUCAAUCUGGUCAUUCUUGUAACCGGGGACAUCCGGUACAACCGUUACCUUAUGCGACUAUUUGAGCGAACUGCAGUGGAUGCAAACGUCCGUGUUCUUCAAGCAAACUAUCACCUUAACGCUGGAACCUACAAGUAUGCCCUGAACGACUACAGCAAGGUGUACAAGAAAACCGGUGAUCCGAUCCAUGCCAUGCUAAUCGCGGUAACUCUAACGCAGAUCGCCUGCCAAAAAUUCUCCAACAAGAAACAAGCGUUGGCAUCGCAGGCGAUCGGCUUCAUGGAAAAGUACCGCAAAGGAAGGCCCGGGGAGCUGGCCAACGAGAUCCACUACAACAUCGGACGGAUGUACCACCAGCUGGGGAUGCACAGCCUGGCAGUGGAGCACUACAAGAAGGCACUUGAGUUUACGAAUCUGCUGAUCGAGGAGAAUGCAAUCUAUCUGGACCUGCGGGCGGAGAUUGCGUUCAAUCUGAGCAGCAUCUACCGAAGUAACAAUAACAUGGAACUGGCGAGAAAGUAUCUGUACGAGUACAUUGAAAUCUAAUUGCAGCGAAAGGUAAGUUAAACAUGACUGAUUAUGAAUUACAUACAUAUAAGAAUUUACCAUUAAAGUGAAAAACAGAA